UUAUCUCCGCGCGCAUGCGCUUUCCGCUGUCGGGAGAACGGCCGUUCAGGCGAAGGGUAGCUAGGCCGUGAGAAGCCGGGGACUCGCGUAGAUGUCUUCGCCGGAGGAGGCGCGGGUCGCGCCGGCCCCGGAAGGGGACCUGCCGCUAGAGUGGGAAACGGAUGAAGAACGCAUGGCGUUUCUAUUCUCGGCUUUUAAACAGAGCCGGGAGGUUAACGCCACCGAGUGGGACAGCAAGAUGGGCUUUUGGAGCGAGCUGGUGUUGAAAUGGGGAAGGCGGAAAGGAGGGAUCUGCACCUGCCUGAGGGAGCUCCAGCAGGCUUUCGAGCGCCGGGGGAGCGUCCCCCUCAGCCUGGGCACCGUCCUCCGAGAGCUGCUCAGACGGGGCAAACUGCAAAGAGAGUCUGAUUUCAUGGCCAGUGUGGACAGUAGCUGGAUCUCCUGGGGUGUGGGAGUUUUCAUUUUGAAACCCCUGAAGUGGACUUUGUCUAGCGUAUUAGGUGACAGCAAAAUGCCAGAGGAAGAGGAGGUCCUGAUUUACGUGGAGAUUCUCAAGGAGAAGGCAGAAGAAGUCUACAAUCUCUACCAGAAUUCCACACUUUCAUCCCAUCCUAUUGUUGGUUUGUCUGAGCUGCGUUCCCUAUGCACCAGCAUCUGUCCAGAUGAACGGACAUUUUGUCUGGUGCUGCUCCAAUUGCAGAAGGAAAAGAGGGUCACUGUCCUGGAACAGAAUGGUAAUAAGAUAAUGAAAUUCGCCCGAGGGCUUCAUGCAAAAGUCUCUCCAAUGAAUGAUGUAGACAUUGGGGUUUAUCAGUUGAUGCAGAGUGAACAGCUGUUGUCACAGAAAGUGGAAUCUCUGGCACAGGAAGUAGAGAGAUGUAAAGAGGAAGCUCGGAGUGCCUGCAAAGCUGGGAAGAAGCAACAGGCUCUGAGAUCUUUGAAGUCCAGAAAAAGAGUAGAAAGACGCAUUGCAGAGCUUCAUUCCAAGUUGGACGUGGUGCAAGGCAUCCUAGAUCGGAUAUAUGCCUCUCAGACAGAUCAAAUGGUAUUUAAUGCUUACCAGGCUGGACUUGGAGCGCUGAAGUUGUCCAUGAAAGAUGUAACUGUGGAAAAGGCAGAGAGCCUCGUGGAUCAGAUUCAAGAGCUCUGCGAUACCCAGGAUGAAGUAGCUCAGACUUUAGCAGGCGUGGCGAUCAAUGGCUCAGAAGCUGAUACAGAGGAACUUGAAAGAGAAUUGGACAAUCUUCUCCUGGACCCUCCAAAAAGACAGUCAUCCCUGCCUUCUGUUCCACCAAAGCCACUGUCUCCAGCUUCUGUAGGACUUCCCAGCUUCACAGAUGCUGAGCUUGAAGCUGAGCUGGAGAAACUCACUUAUUCAGAUGGAGAAUUGGCACAAAAGACUGAUCGGAAGGCCUCUGAUCGCCAAAGAGUUCUGGAGCUGCAUCUUUAAUGACUCAACAUCCCGCUUUGUGCUGUGAAGUUGUCUUUAACUUUGCUGAUCAUAAUUCCGAAAAUAACUUGUUGGAACAUGAGUCUUAGUAACUCUUGUUAGACUGCACUUUUCUAACAGGCAGGAAACUCUGCCACGACAAUCCAAUCCUUUCCACAGAAAAUUGCUCUGUUGUCAUCUUUUUUUCCCCCCAGUGCCAAAUUAACACAGUGUCUCUUCGGUUGAUUUGCUCACCUGUAUUGCCACUCACGGUUGCUCGUUCUCUGGCAAGUUGGCGCCUUGCUGAGCCUAACGUUGUUCCACACAUUCUGAGGAUUUCUUUGCCACUUAACGGAACUCCCACCUUGCGAUAACUUGAAAGGCAAUGAAGUCACACUCUGUCUGGCAUCCCACUGUUUUGUGCAGUUGCGCAAAACGUUUAGUGGAUGCGCUAGAUGCUGACUUUGAUAGCAGCGCACUGCGCUUGGCAGCAAGUAGACACAUAUAUAUAUACAUGGAUGAUUUUUCUAUAUUUCUUCUUUGUAUUUGCACGGUUGUGGAUAACCUAGGUUGAGGUCUUGACAGUUUUAGAAUUUGUUUUGUUACACAGGUAUGAAGCAUCUGCCGACGCAAAAUUCAGCUUACUUCAAGACUGACUUCGCCUUAAAGGAAGUGGCAGAGCUUUUCAACAUGAGGCCGUUUAUUCUUGUUGCUGCUGCUUGAAGAUGAUGUUUAAAACAUGUUCAGUUUAUCUGCAAAGACAGCCAUUCACAUUGCCUUCUUGUUAGGAAGAACUCUCUUCACUAGGAGAUUUACUAGGACAAGUGAUGGCGAACCUUUUUGGCACCAAGUGCCGAAAAGAUCGCGCGGAAAUAUGCGUGUGCGUGUGUGCUCGUCGGGGCCGCUCUCCGGGAAAGCUGAACUUCCGGGUUCUAGCGCACCUGCGCACCUGAUGAUCAGCUGGCUGGGGCGCAUGCACAUGCCGGUUUUCAGCACUGUCGCACACGCGAAGGGAUCGUGCUCCGGAAAAGCCGAACUUCCAGGUUCUGGCGCACAUACGCACCCAACAAUCAGCUGGCAGGCAUGCAUGCGCACACUGGUUUUCAGCACUGCCAUGCACACAAAGGACAGCUGAUAGUCCCACGCACAUGCGUGCCAGAAACCCGGAAGACAAACAGGCAAGGCUGCGUGUGCUGAGCGACAUGGCUUCACGUGCCACUUUGGCCACGCGUGCCAUAGGCUCCCCAUCACUGUACUAGGAGAUUUAAGCAACUAGGAGAUUUUAAGUUAUUCUCUUGAAUCAGAAAUGCACAGAGGGGUUGGUUAACCUAACCUCUUAAUGUCUAAGAGAGUCUUCAGUCACACGUCCUGGAAUAAGGUUUAAACAAUGGCAGGGAUUUGGAUCGCUGUCCCAGCGCCAUUCAUAAUCAUGGUGGAGAACGUUGCCAUUUCCCGACAUCUCGAGACAUUAAUUUAAAAUGAUGGAAGAGCUGCUGAAUCAAAUCAGGCUUAGACCUGCCAGAGAUGGCUUGCAAUGAUCGUCUCUCUUUUUUCAGAAAACUUCCUGAGAAAGCCCCUCUGUGUACAUCAGGGCAGAAGUUUAUUAUUAUUAUUAUUAUUAUUAUUAUUUUAAUGACAAUAUAGAAACCAGCAGCAGAAACUGCCCACAGAAACUGACUGAAGCAAAGCUGGUGAUUGACUUGUGUAUCGGCACCUGCCGGAAUAAUUUUGGGGGGAAUGGGGUUGGGGUGGGGAAAAGAGAUGAACAAAUUUCUGCUGUUCAUAAACUCAUUUGAGAAUUGUUUUUGCUUUUGUUCUCUGAAGCUAGCUUUGAUUUAGACUGUGUGAUGGGAGGCAUUUUGUCAAGGAAGACAUCUGCUAAAAUUGGAAAAAACGGACAAUUGUAAAUUCGUGUCAGGGCAUGCCCCCAAAGUUCACUACAAAACAUAUUUUCUUCUCCCCCCCACGCCGGUGAAUCGUAUGCCACAUGUUUAAACAAAAUUCAAGGAUUGUGUUUACGUUACUUUAAGGGCAUUGUGCUUGAUUGGUUUAGAAAGGAGAGGGAGGGAAAAUGUCUCCCCCCCCACCACCACCUUUAUUAUUAUUCUUUUUUUUCCAAACAAUACAAUAAAGGAGUGAAAAG